ACUCCCAUGUCAUCUUCCGUACGGCAGUUCCGCAGAAAAUAGCGGAAGCUAUCGUACCGUAGCUUUUUUUCUUUUUUAGCCUUCAGUUUUAUUUUAUUUUAUUUUAUUACAUUUUCAUUAACGCUACACAAUUAGUUCUUAUUUGCACUUUGAGCAUUCGUGACGUGUUUUAGAUAUUCUACUAUCAGCUGAUAGAUUUAGAUCUAGUAACUGAUGUCCGACUGUGACACUCAACAUUGAAUCCUUGGGAUUUGUGUGUUCGUCAAGAUGUAAUCAGGCCACAUCCAGAACCAUACAAAUCGUUGUAUUUGUAAAUUGGGAUAAUAGCAUUAAAUGAUUUAAAUAUUCUAGGCAGAAUAUAUAGCGUAUUCGUUAUUGAGCUUUGAAUUCAUUUGCUGGUUUGGAUUUUUAUAAAGCAUAGUCGGUGGAAUUGUGUCAAAGUUUGCGAUCUUUAAAUCUUGAAACGAAGAGAGAGUGUAUCAAAUCAACUUCCUGUGGAGUGUCUCUUGCUUUAAACACAUACCAGGAUUAUCAUGGAGUCACGUGUCCUGUUUACUCUUGUGUCGCUGUUGCUAGGAGUCAGUGGUGUCUUAUCUUUUAGCAUUGGCAGAAGACAAGAAAGGAGCACGGACCUCGCAGACGCUCUUGCCAUUCUGCAGAGGCAGAGACGCAGAGUGGGCGGGGGAAAUUACGUGAGCUCCGAGAGUUUGUUGGAAAGCAGACCGUUGACCCUUGAGGACGUCAACGAAUGGCUGAGCAAGACCAGGAGCGGUCACGGUUCUCGUGAUUACAGGUACGUGGACCCUUCCUGGGUAUCGGACGGAGAAUUUAAAGACUUUGACCCGAGGCUAAGCUACAACGUUGCACUGGACGCCAGCCCACUUCUACCGCAAUCCGUUAAGGCGACCAAGCAAGAGCUCAACGACAUCUUUAACUCAGACGACGGCGAGAGCAACAGCUCAAAGCUGGUACACACAAUCUCCGACCAGCCCGAGAAGAAGAAGAAGGAAGAAAUGAUUGAAUUGAAAGGCGACAAAAAGAUCAUCCAGAAGAAAUCUGUUGGCAUGGACGUGUCCGAAGCCUUAGCCGUCGCAGCAGAAAGGGCGGAAGAGGACAUUGACGACAACCUUUCACUAGACUCUCUAACCAAAGAAGAGUUCAAAACUCUCAUGAAAGCUGUGGGGAAACUUCAAAAGCAAGCGAUGAAACUCAGCGAGAAGAAGUUCGACUCACCUGACGCCGAGAAGGUCACGGUCAUUGAAACCGUUCAAAGCGAAAGCCCGGAAAAGGCCGUGGCUGUAGUCCAGCCAGCCAGCGAUGAAGAGCUUAAAACUGUCUUUGAGGAAACCGUUCAGCCCGUUGUCAAGGAAACGGACAUAAUAAUUGAAGGGCCACAAGGCACAAAAAAUGAGAAAAUCGUGGAAGAAGCCGUGAUUCCAGUCAGCGAGCCAGUCAGCAACAAAGACAUAAAAGAAGCCGAAAAAGAGUUAAGCAGUGCCAUAGCGUCACAGCUUGAGUCAGAGCUAGAAGACGUGAACAAAGAAAUCAUUCAGAACGAGGAGAUCGCCAAAGAAGCUGAAGACGAGAUCCUGGCAAAGAACCUGGACGCGCUGGAACACUACUGGCUGGUCAACAAGUACAUGAAGAAGCUGGAAGACAAGCCCACGGCUAUGAAGAGAACCACCAAGAGGUCUGCCAACAGAGCAGAGACGAUCAUUCGCGAAGGAGAAGGUCCCGAAGAAGAGAUUGAGGACGAGCAACUCGCAGGCAACCCGCCACCGAUCAGCGCCUUUGUGGCCAAGAUAGUGGCACUGCAAGGUGAGGUAGACAAACUCAAAAUGGUGGCACGUCUGGAAGACUUGGAGAAUGACGUAUUGACUGACGCUCUCAAUGAAGCCACCUUGGCGCAGAAAGAAGGCUCCGUAUCAGACGUGGAGUUUGAGUCUCUACAGCAAGCGAUAAGGAUAGAAGAAGCCUUACAGGAUAUAAAGAACAGCGAAGAAAAGAAACUCAGCACAGCUGUUGUCAAGAGAGGAGAACCCUGGAAGAGAAGACGGCUUACAGAGGAUGAUCUCCCUCAGUAUGAAGGGCCAAAGUUGUCCAAGAACGAUGUGGACAGACUGCUGAGUGAGCAAUAUCUCCUCAGAGACGAAGGGGACGACCAGGAGACAUUACCAGAAGUGGCUUCUUUAUUUCUAGAUAACGCUGAGGAGUGCCCGGCAGUUCAGAGUUACAGCACCAAUUGUGAGCUUGCUGACCUGUACGCUCUCCCAGUGGACAAUGAGGCUAGGUCCCUGUGUAAUAUCCAUGAAAUGUGCUACGCCUGUGGAUUCUCACUUGGGGUCUCACAGGACCACUGCGACUUCGUGUACAGGGCAGCCGCCACCGCGCUUUGCCAGAACAAAGAAAAUUGCGUGGUGGAAUCGGAAAUCUUUUUGAGGACCAUGAAGUUGAAGACACGCUAUGUCCCGCACUCACAGCCGGACUGCCGAAGUACUUGCACAUCUAAGUUCCUUGGGAUGAUUUGAGUUCGCGCCCCUAUCAGAGGGCGCGUUUCAUGUCUCAUUACCCUUUAAUUUAUUCGCCAUUCUGGUUCUAUAAAUGUACAUUACCUUUUCAAACCAUUUGUGCAUUUCCGGUCUGACCUGCGCACCAGUGUGUUUCAAAGCGAUUGGUCAAACCAUUCCACACUUCAGUAAUGGCUCCUAAGAUUUUGUCACUUUCUUAAAAAAUAAUUGAAUCAUUAUGUUAUGGAAAUCUGUUUGAAGAGUGUAGUUGUUAAAAUUUAAUGUUUAAUGAAAAUGGCGGGAAAUUUCAAAAUUGUUUGUUUAUUGCGUUUAACUUUUUAAAAAAUGUCAUCCAUGACAAGAGAAGAGAACCAGCUUUGUGACUGCAGAUCAAUUUAAAAAUCAGUUGUUUUCUUCUUUUAUAAUAUAUUUAUUUUUUUACCUAAUGUGAUAUUGUGUCGUGUAAGAAUAAGUCUCUGAUAACGUAUCGUGAUCUUUUGUAACGUGAUCGUUUGUAACGUGACCAAUUGUAACCUGAUCAGUCGUAACGUGAUCAGUUGUAAUGCUUACAAAAUCGGUGGUAUAUUUUUUUUCUUUGUUUUUUGCUUGAUAUGUAUUUUAUUUUUUUUGGUUCAGUGAUCAGUGGUUCAGAUGCUACAGUGAUCCGACACAACAAAUAAUCAGCCCAUUACAAAAUAAAGCAAACUUAAGGAGCAAGCAAAGGGUCUAAAUGUGUGAACUAAUUAUUGCAGUAUCUAAAGUUGUUUCGAAUUCCGAAUCAAGCUAGAUGGAAAUAUCCAUGAAAUCUUAAAAAGAGUUAUUUACUUGUACGAAUUAUUUUCAACCAAUUAAUUAUUUAGGGCUACUUCUUACCAUGGCAACAGUAAAAGUCAUUUUUUUUAAAUAUUUUGUUUAUAGAUCAUUAAUGAAAAGAUUAGAAAAAGUAAAUUAUUUUAUAUUCAGUUUUUUGGGACGAGCCCAGGUUAACAAUGUGGAUCACUAGCUAGACUUAAUCGAACCAAAGAUCAAUUACUGUAAGUGCCACCUUCAUGCUCCAGAAAUUUGACCUUUUUUCAAAUGAUUUUAAUCUGUAAGUCGAUUGAUGCUUGUAAAUUUUAUUUUACCGCAAUCACCAGUACUUUUUCUGAUGCUGUAGAGUUUUUAUUUGGAAACGACUUCUUCAAUCGGAUUUAGCCUAUUUUUAGUUGUUCAUAACAUUUAUGUUUUUUUAUAGUGGAUCUUACUGUCAGAUGUCUAUGUCAUUCUGUUUUGUUUUUUUAAAUUUUUAAUGGCUUUGGUUUCAGCAAACUUUUGUUCAAAGUUUAAAAACAAAGCUUUUUUUUUAAAAAAAAAAUUAGAUUUCGUGAGAGGCUGAAUGUUGAAAGAAUUUUUCAAAUAAUUUUUCUGUUUUGUUUUACUUCAAGCAAUACACGGGCAUGUUUGAUUUACAUUUUUUAUUUUCUAACCAACACCUUGCUCAAUUGGUACAUCAGUAUACUACUUACGGAGUAUAGGUUGUAGUAGUGAGCACAGAAAACACAGCAGUACACGAAGGCCCCAUAACAUGCAUUAUUGAACACAAGGCUAGUAGCACGCAGUGGCCCUGCAACAUGUAUCAGUUUUCAAGACAAAUGCAGCAGUACACAUAGGCCCUUUACCAUGUAUUUCUUAUGAGUUAUCAAUAUAGAUGCAGUAAUACAUUCAGGCUCUGUAACAUGUAUAAUAUAGGCCUAUCAGUUAUACUAUAAGGUAAUUAGAAUCUACAUUAAAAAUAGUUUUCUUAGAACUUAAAAAAAACAACAACAUUGAUCUAUUUCAUAAUAAAACAUUUUAAUACUACAUUAGAUAAACAAUAUAAAAGGACAUUUAAAGAAAGAUUUUUAAUAUUCUCUCGAUAGAGGAUAUAUCUACAUAAUGUGUGCUAAAUAUGUAGGUUGAAGCUUGGUCUACAGAUUCACGUGACACACGCACUCAUCCUAAGACAUUCGGCUUUUUAUUAUUUUGAUUCGUAAAUCAGAGAGUUCUGAUCCAUUGUGUUUCUAUCAAGUUUAUUUUCAUAAACCAUUGAUCCUUAGCCCUCAGUGUUACACAGCUAGACAAACACAAACACUCACAUUGUAGGCCCCAGCCCCUCACCAAAUGUUUUUAUUUUGGUUCUACUUGGCUCAGUUGCUAAUGUUUGCGUCAGACAAUGUGAGAUCAAUACAACUUUUUUUUCAAAUGUCAAAAGAUCUUUGUUUUUAUUUUAUAAUAUAUGUCCAAUGUCAGUUUGAUCUAAAUUAAAAAAUAAAAUGAAAGAAAAAAAG